ACACCACCACCACACAAAACAUGAACCAGCUGGAGUGAGAAGGUCAGCCUCACACAACGAUGGAUCCACGUGUCGGAAUCCAAUUGGACGACCCCUGACACCCCAAAUCUAAAAAAGGAAAUCGGAAACGGAAAACCGUUUCCCCCCUUUCCCCAUUCCUCGGCGAGAAUCAACAAUGGCGGCCGUGGCGUCGGUGUCGUUUGCUUCAAUAGCUCAGUCAGCCCACCGCAAGUUCUCGCUUCCACCUUCUCACGGAUGUCUGGUGUCGAAUUUCACCGCGCUCAAGCUCCGCUCGCCCCGUGGUUCCUGCAACUUCCGGAGCCGGAGCGUGCGCACCGCCGUGGCGGUUAACUGCGCGUCCGCCGCCGCAGACCCUCCUACAGUCGCUGAGACAAAGUUGAAUUUCUUGAAGGCAUAUAAGAGACCAAUUCCGAGUAUAUAUAAUACAGUAUUACAAGAGCUGAUUGUACAGCAGCACUUGACGAGGUACAAGAAGUCAUACCAGUAUGAUCCGGUGUUUGCCCUUGGUUUCGUUACCGUGUAUGAUCAACUCAUGGAGGGAUACCCGAGUGAUGAAGAUAGAGAGGCCAUUUUCAAAGCUUAUGUUGAGGCUCUAAAUGAGGAUCCUGUUCAAUACAGGGCUGAUGCCCAGAAGGUAGAAGAAUGGGCCCGUUCUCAAUCUGCCACCACUUUAGUUGAUUUUGCAUCUCGAGAAGGAGAAGUUGAGAACGUCUUAAAGGACAUCUCAGAAAGAGCAGGGAGCAAGGGAAAUUUCAGCUACAGUCGGUUCUUUGCUGUCGGUCUCUUCCGCCUGCUUGAGUUAUCAAAUGCAACUGAGCCAACAAUCUUAGACAAGCUUUGCGCUGCUCUAAAUAUAGACAAGAAAAGUGUUGAUCGCGACCUUGAUGUCUACCGCAAUCUGCUUUCUAAGCUGGUUCAAGCCAAAGAGUUGUUGAGGGAAUACGUCGACAGAGAGAAGAAGAAAAUAGAAGAAAGGGCAGCAACUCAAAAGGCGAACGAGGCUGUCAAAAAACUGGUUGGAGGAGUACCAAUCUGAUAACGAUGCAUUUCGACUUCUGCAUCAUCCUAGGUACCUCUUGAUGUUGAACUGUUGUUUAAUUAAUUGAGAAUGGUUUCUCCAAAGUUGAUGCAGAUUGUAUGAUAGAGCUUGCUGUAAAGUAGAAAGAGUUGAGUGCUUAAGAAAUAGCUCAAAGAGUUGACAAUCUGUUAUUGAAAUUAAUGUAAUUUUUGUUCAUAAUGUUCUUUGAUAGUA